AUGAGAUCAUUAACAGAAGAAGAAACCAAGGUGGUGUUCGAGAAGCUCGCAAACUACAUUGGAAGAAACAUUUCUUUCCUUGUGGACAACCCAACCAACCCACAUGUCUUCCGUUUACAAAAGGAUAGAGUUUAUUACAUAUCUGAACAAGUGGCUCGUUUCGCUACUUCUGUUUCCAGAAACCAGUUGAUGUCUGUAGGAACUUGUUUCGGUAAGUUCACCAAGACCGGAAAGUUUAGAUUGCAUAUUACCGCCUUGCCAUACCUCGCCCAAUACGCCAAGUUUAAGGUUUGGAUCAAGACUAACGGUGAAAUGCCUUUCUUGUACGGUAACCACGUCUUGAAGGCCCAUAUCGGCCGUAUGUCCGACGACAUUCCAGAACACGCCGGUGUCAUAGUUUACUCCAUGAGUGACGUUCCUUUAGGAUUCGGUGUUUCUGCCAAGUCUACCAAUGAAGCUAGAAACUUACAACCAACAGCCAUUGUUGCCUUCAGACAAGGUGAUAUCGGAGAGUACUUGAGAGAGGAGGACACCUUGUUUACCUAG